GAUACUUUGUGCUGCCUGCAAAGUUGUAUCAAAGCAGCAGCACAGCGACAGCAGCAGCAGCAGCAGCAACAACAGCAGCAAUGGCCGCUUUCCGCAGAGUGGCAGCACUGGCCGGUAAGCUAAACCUCUGGACGGCGGCGAGAACCGAGCUCUUCGGCGGUCAGACGGCCAGUGAAGGAAGGACACGGAAAUGUCUGGCUGUCGGGAUGUGUCUCGCAACGGGAGGUGCCGUGGCGGCUUACUUUUACAACGAUACGUGGAGCGGCAGAGGCAGGAAGAGGAUGGGGAGUCACGAAAACAACGGUCUGCUGCCGUCCAUCCCGACCGUUAUUGCCAAGGAGAAGGCACGUCCGUUUGAUUUUGAGGAAGGAGACGUGUACAUGUCGUCCCAUGAGCAUCGCUUCCGCAUGUUCAGCUCUGUGGAGUACGAUGGGCAGCUUUACAUGACUCCUCAGAACUUCAUCGAGUCGGUCACCAUGAGCGAACCCAAAAACAAGAGGCCCUGGAGGUCCCUGGCCAAACAGGAGCUGGAGAAGAUUUUGGUAGAAACUCCCCCAGUAUGGAGAGGAUCCUCCAAACUGUUCCGCAAACUGAGAGAACGAGGCAUCGUCUCAUACACAGAGUACCUGUUCCUGCUCUGCAUCCUGACAAAGCCCCAUGCUGGCUUUAAGAUUGCUUUCAAUAUGUUUGAUGCAGACGGCAACCAGAUGGUGGACAAGAGGGAGUUCUUGGUGCUUCAGGAGAUCUUCCGGAAAAAAAAUGAAAAAAGAGGGAGGAAAGGAGAUGCGGAGAAGUCGGCACAGUUGAGUAUGCAGCUCUAUGGAUAUCAGGUUGCCCCCAUGAACAGCGUGCUAAAAAAAGACAGUCAGGAGUUUGUGGCGCGGAGUUACUGGGACGUUCUGAGGCGAGGCGCAAGUCAAGUCCUUUUUUCUGACCUGGCAGAGCGAGCAGAUGAGAGUAUCACAAUCGACACCACCCUAUUGGUCCAUUUCUUUGGGAAGAAAGGGAAAGCAGAGCUUACAUUUGAUGACUUCUACAGGUUUAUGGAUAACCUCCAAACAGAAAUGUUGGAAAUUGAGUUUCUGACUUACUCUAAAGGAAUGACCACCAUCAGUGAAGAAGACUUUGCCAAAAUCCUGCUUCGUUUCACCAAUGUGGAGAACAUCAGCGCCUACCUGGAGAAUGUCCGCCACUGUAUACCUGACGAGAAGCAGAAGGGAAUCACCUUCGAUGAGUUCAGAUCAUUCUUCCAGUUUCUCAACAACCUCGAGGACUUUGCCAUUGCCAUGCAGAUGUACAAUUUUGCUUCUCGCUCCAUUGGACAAGAUGAGUUUGCAAGAGCGGUGUAUGUGGCCACUGGGCUGAAGCUGACACGUCACCUCGUACACACCAUCUUCAAGAUCUUUGACGUGGAUCACGACGACCAGCUCUCCUACAAGGAGUUCAUUGGAAUAAUGAAGGACCGGCUGCACAGGGGAGCCAGGGUGAAGGGCCGACACCACUCCUCCUUCUCCGGCUGUGUCCGCUCUGGAGCCAGGAGACAAGUGAAGCAGCUCUGGAGGAAGUACAAGGAGAAGAUGUAGAGGAGGAGGAUGAGAAAAGAAGGAAGAAGUCAUUCUGAAAUGGAAUAAGUCAAAUGCAUCUCUUAUCUAGAGGCCUGACUCCACAACACUGUUAAUAAGACAGAUCUCCAUUGGACCUCAAACACAGAUAAUAACUACAAGCAUGCCUGAACACAGCCGACUGAAAUCACUACCAUUUACCUCUGGUUUUACCAGUCAUUCCAGUUGAUCUGAUGCCAAAUAUAAUUUAUAGUGUAGUCUUUACUCUCCGAGCACCUCUACAAGUUAGUAGAGCUGCAACCAAUGAUUAUUUAUAUUUUCUAUACAUUUAAAAAAAGCUAUGAAAACUGUUGUUUUACUUAGCUUACUGAUUCUGGAUAGACAAUAUUACAAAUUAUGUUUAACAAUAUAGAUAUUACUGAGCAAGAUACUCAUUUUUUAAAGUGUUAUCAACCCUUAUAAUGUUUUCACUUAAUGGAUGAGCUUUUUUAAUUAUCAAUUAAAUGUAUAAUAUAUUCCUUUUAAAGUAAGAAAGAACACUGCACUACAAGCUAUAACAACUGAAAGAGCACAACAUUAAUAAAUAAAACACUGAAAUUGGAGAAUUAAACAAAGUUAUAGUUCAUAUUUAUUUUCUUUUCUUAUUUGUAUCUAUUUCAGUCUCUUUCUCGCUUACAUUUAGUUUGAUCACAUCUAUUAAAGCCAGUGUAGGUUUGUUUACUACACUAAGAGAGAAUAUACACACCAUUAGUAAGGAUGCUAUAUUAUUUUAAUAGUACUACAGCAUAGGUUAUGUCUUUGACCUGGACAGCAUAGAACAUGGAGGAUAUUUGUUUGUAUUAUUGUGAUUGUAGGCCUAUACUGUUAUAUCAAUAUAUGACAUGACUGGAUCAAUUAAUGUUUUGGACAUUUUGUGUUGUCUUAGUUGAAUGUAUGAAAAUAUAUAUGGCAAGAUAUAUGACAUAGAUAUCCACAUCAGUGCCUUCUUUACAUUCCCUUUCUCAUCUGAGAAAAUAUCACAUAGCAAGCCAAACUGCUACUUAUUCAGAACUGUGUAUCUCUAUACAGCAACAUAAUUGCCGAACAUGUGCAAUGACUACAUUAUGUGUUUUGUGACCCAAUCGUUAAUGUUUUUAAUAUAGCACGAAUAAUUGAAUAUCAUUUUUGAGUGUUUGUGAAUUUGUUGUGUCUUGAUGUGGAAAUGUUGAAUAUAUUUAAAUGAAGGUUGUUGGAAACUUUUUUCUCAUGAUGUAAAUAAUGCUAACCGUGUUUGCAAUAAUGAAUUUGUAACCACAGUCAGUGGACCUGGUGAUUUAAUUUCCAUGCAUGAAUAAACUAUUUUAAGCAGA